AUCUGGUAGACUGAGGUUGGCUGGGCCGGUCCCGGCAGCGACCCGGAGCGGGCGGGCAUGGGGGGUUGCCUGUCCUCGCAGGCAGCUGAUGACCUGUCGCUACUCAACGAUUCUACCGGCGAUGGAGCGAGUCUUGGGCCUGGAGACCCACCCCCACCCUCCCUCCCUGCCCAGCCGCCCCCCUACCAGGAUCACACUCCAAUUCCAGUGUAUCACCCAACGCCUAGCCAGGCACGUCUUGCCACACAAUUAACAGAAGAGGAGCAAAUCCGGAUAGCUCAAAGGAUUGGACUAAUUCAGCACCUUCCUAAAGGAAUAUUUGAUCCCGGCUCAGAGCCAUCAGAAAAGAAAAUCAAAGAAUGUGUAAUCUGUAUGCUGGAUUUUGUAUAUGGAGAUCCCAUCCGAUUCCUGCCUUGUCUACACAUCUACCACGUAAACUGCAUUGAUGACUGGCUGAUGCGAUCAUUCACGUGUCCUUCUUGCAUGGAGCCAGUUGAUGCUGCUCUGCUCUCCUCCUAUGAGACUAACUGAGGCGGCUUUGAGCCCUGCUCUUGUUCAUGCUUCCAGGCUGUGGAUAUAUUGGGGGCCUGGGACGUGGGACAUUAUUUGCACAAUUCUGGGGUACACCAAAGAAACCGGUCCCAGCCCCUACGGACACAUGCAGCUAUGCUGGCUGUACUAAAGGAUGAUUUGUGCCAUAUUUUAAGUGUUGCAUCCAGUGUAUUGGGCUGGGGCUGGGGGUUGGAAGGAAACAAGGAAAUGGCAGAACUAACUUUCCACUCUACUCACAAUUUAGUUUUGUAGAAAAUCAAGAUUAUUCUUUGACCCAAUUAUCUACCCUCAUACUUUUGUAAGUCCGUUAAGUUACUGAGUACGAAACUGUAGGAACUGUACAGUUUCGUAGGAAACUGUAAUGGAAUUCUAACUUGUUAAUGAAAGAGAAAGCUGUUUAAAGCUGAUGCUGAAGAUCUCUUUAAGAUUUUACAAAUUAAGAGAAAUUCUAAGGCUAUUAUACCAGCUCUGGUCAGUUCUUGGAGAAAAAUAAUUUAAUAUAGAAAAAAACCCAGGCAUUUUAUGUUCGGGCCACUAUUGAAAAUUUAUCAAUACAGGUAUGCAAUGCAGAAAACAAGCCUUAGAAGCUAGCUAGCUAGCUAGCUACCUACCUAGUGUAGCUUGAAGCUGUAACAUUGCUAGGGAAGGAGACUGAACCCAUUUGCUUUUGGAAGUGCUUCUUUUAAACUAUUUUUGUUUUAGUUGGGAGAAAAGGAUACAAUUUCCUUGCUCUUUUUCCUUGCUCAUCAAAUAAGAGUUUUAUCUAUUUUGAAGAAGUGUAUGGUGCCUCUUUUCAAACCCCAAUAGGGCAAGCAGAUUCUCCACCUAAUGCUUAUUCACCAGACUAGAGGAAAAUCACAUGGAUGUAACAGAUUUUGAAAGCAAUGCUUUGUUUCACUCAAUCUUCAUUUGGGUGAAGUUCACUGGAAGGAGCAGGGAUGGGAUAAGUGCAGAUUAUUUGUCACAAUGUGAAAUUUCUGCCUUUCUACUAUAUGGAAGAAGUGUUGAUAUAUAAAUAGAUAUAUCUUGUUUAAAGUGAGAAAUAUUUUUAUGGAAAGUUUACGAUUCAGUAUGGUAAGAUCCUUUUAGAUGCUGGUUGCAAGUUAAAGCAUCCAUAUAUUCUGAAGAGUGAAGAAAUGUUUAUUUGUAGGCAAUCUACUAUUUGUCUUACAUGAAGAUUUUGUUCCAUAAGAACCUGUUAAGGCAGGCCGUUACUAUGAUGCAGCAAAGCCAACAUGUGAAAAGGCUUUCCUAAGUCAUAUUGUUUAUUGCCUUGCAAGUACAGAAAUGUCAAAGUGCUUUUCUGAUUAUGUAUUGUUCAUAGCAAAGAUCUAGUGCUUGAAAGAUUAAAAAAACCGGAUGUAUAUUGCAUUGAAAUGGAAAAUAAAUAGAUUGUCAGCAGUGCCUUCUAAAGUA